AGCGGUCGCGCUCUCACCAAUCAGAGCAGAUUAAUGGCAAUGAAGGUUGAUUGAGCUUCGAUCGGCUACAAAUAAAGCACCCCGUACAGGUUCUAGUGCUAGUUCAGAUCCAAUGUACCAUAGUAACUAUGGCGGAGCACAAGGCUAGACAUAUUUUGCAUCUUUCCACGGAGGAAACAAAGCAGUUUAUCGAUUCCUUCGAUACUGUUUUAUUGGAUUGUGAUGGUGUUCUCUGGACAGUGUUCGAACCGAUUCAAGGUGCUGGAAUAGCGUUGCAGCUCUUACAGAAGCACGGUAAACGAGUAAAGUUCAUCACAAACAACAGUGUACGAUCGUUUGCGACCUACCGACAGCAAUUGCUGACACUGGGAGUCGAUGUGGAGGAAGCAGACAUUAUACACCCGGCACGUUCCAUCGUUCACUAUCUACAGGCGCAACGGUUCGAAGGUUUAAUCUACUGUCUCGGUACGGAAAAUUUUAAAGCCACCUUGCGGCAUGCCGGAUUUGAACUUAUCGAUGGACCAUCGCAACCGCUACCGGAAUCGUUCCAUCAGAUUAUCGCCACCGUGCAUGAUGAGGCACCAGUGAGGGCCGUCAUCGUGGACAUUGACUUUAACGCCAACUAUCCGAAGCUGAUGCGGGCCGAAAUGUAUCUGAAACGGUCCGCAGAUUGUUUGCUGAUAGCGGGUGCGUCCGACAAAGCGAUUCACGUGCGGGACGGUUGCGAAAUCAUUGGUCCGGGAUGGUUUGUCGAGAUGUUGGAGCAAGCGGUUGGAAGGCGUGCGAUUUUGCUCGGAAAGCCGGGUUAUCAUCUGCGGGCUGGUGUCGUGCAGGAGUACGGUUUGCAACAACCGUCACGGACACUGCUCAUCGGUGAUAUGCUCGAGCAGGAUAUGGCGUUUGGAUCGCUGUGUGGAUUCCAGAAGUUGCUGGUCCUGUCCGGUGGUACAACAAAGGCAAAGAUGGUACAGGCCACAAAUACACUGCAGGAACCGGACUAUUACAUCGACAGCUUGGGUGAUUUCAUUCCAUUUUUUGAGAGAAUAAACGAUUUGUAGAAAAAAGAAAGAAAGCGAUUUCAUUCAA